ACUAAUGAACUUGAAAAGUUCUACCUGUAUCAAAAAAGAACAAGAAGAUUUCAGAUUUUCUAUCUUUCUUCACAUUUAAACUUAUUUUUCAAAGUAUAUAUACAUAGUCUUUUAAAUUUAAGGUAUAAGUUAUACAAUGGUUGGGGAUACAGAAAACAUCAUGGCUUUAUUUCGAGACAUGCCUACUGCAGUUUGCUUUCUAAUGAUUGUUCCAAUUAUAAUAAUUUCAGCUUCAUCUUCUGCAGUGGCUGCGUCAAAUGAUUUCCCAGUUUACAGAAUGCAACAGUAUGAUUUAUAUGGGGCUAAAUACGGUUCACGAAGUGCAUCUAUUAACUUAGAGGCCCGGUCUUUGAUAUCAGACAAUUUAAUCCGUCGUUGUGCGGUUGUUCGAAUAGCCCAACUUCAAAUAGACCAAUUACAAAAAGCGAUUUCUGAUGGAUUAAGUGCCUUACUUAUUCUGUUACCAGCUAAUAUUGAAAAAGUUUCUAAUGCAACAUUAGAGCGUAUACAGUAUUUGGAAAAUAACUUAUUGCAAGUCGAUCUUCCAAUACCAGUUUAUUUCAGUCAUGAAACAGAUGCAUUAAAAAGUUUAUUUGAAGAAAUUACAUCUAGUGUUCAUCGUGAUACUGCAACAUCUGCUGUUAAAGCCAUGACAGCAGUAGCAUCAGCAAAUAGUUUUCAUUUCUUGACCGAUGCUGGUGAAUCUCAGGUUAUAUCAGACUUUCCUAUCAUUAGUUUACAGGGAAAAUUAACUGGUCAAGGAUUAGAAGAUCAGCUUCCCACUGUUGCUAUAGUAACACAUUAUGACUCUUUUAGUAUUGUACCUAAACUGUCUUAUGGUGCCGAUGCUACAGCUUCUGGUGUUGUUGCAUUGCUUGAAUUAGCGAGACUUUUUAAUUUGUUGUACAGUGAAGUAUCAACUAGACCAAAAUAUAAUCUUUUAUUCCUUCUUGCUGGUGGGGGCAAGUUCAACUACCAAGGAACAAAAAAAUGGAUUGAACAAAAUGUUGAAUCGUCAGAAAUUAGUUUGUUAGCUGAAGCAGAUUAUGUAUUGUGCAUUGAUGCGAUUGGUCAAGGAAACAGUUUAAAUCUUCAUGUGUCAAAACCUCCAAAAGAAGGAACACAAUCCUAUCUUUUAGUUCAGGAGUUUAAAAAGGUAAUGAGUGAUCUGUAUUCUGACUCUGUUUUUAAUGUUGUACACAAAAAAGUAAAUCUUGCUGAAGAUAUGCUGGAUUGGGAGCAUGAAAGAUUUUCAAUGAGACGUUUACCCGCUGGAACUUUUUCACAUUAUGAUAAACCAACUCAAAGAGGUUCCAUUUUAGAUACAAAAAUAAACAGUGUAGCAUUGGAAAGGAACAUUAGAGUUAUAGCAGAAGGGCUAGCUAGACAUAUCUACAAUUUAUCUGGAAAAUCUUUUUCUAACAAGUUAGAGAUCUUCUCGGGGAACAUGGCUUUAGACUUAGAUCACAUCAACUCUUGGAUGAAUCAUCUUUUAUCUCAGCCUCGCUCACAACAGCUUAUAAAUAAGGAGAAUCGAUUACUUUCUGCAAUGGAAGAGAUUUUAAUACAGUAUCUACAUGAAGUUAAACGAAUAGUUACAAAGGCUGACAAAAAAGAGCCAGAGUUUGUUUUUUAUGACGUUUUUGAAUCUAAAAUGAGUGUCUACAGUGUAAAGCCAGCUUUGUUUGAUUUAAUACUUGCUAUUGGUAUUGCAUUUUAUUUGUGUAUUGUUUACAUCUUCGUUGAGAACUUUACUGUGCUAAUUGCUCUGCUUCCAACUUUAAAAAAGCAAAAAACUUAUUAGUUUGUGUUCACACCGUUUUGUUGUAUAUCGCUUUUUAUUUUUUAUAGAAUAAAAUAUUAUAUAACCUA